CGAUCGCUACCUCAUCCACCAUGGUCUUCGUCGUGUGUUUAGCAGCUCUCGUAGCAGUGGCAAGCGCCAAUAACUUCGGCUCCAACAUCGCGCAGAACCGCCCCACCGGCUCCAGCAGCGUCUUCGUCAACGGUGUGCCCCCCCUCACCGCGAACUCUAAUCUCGCCGUCGACGGCAACUUCAACUCCAACUUCUUUGGCGGCUCAUGUUUCUCCAGCGCUGAUGUGGCGACAGAUCCUAACCCCUUCUGGUACGUGGACCUGGGGUCUCGCGUCUACGUCUCAGGCGUCACCAUCACCAACAGAGGCGACUGUUGCGCUGACCGACUGAGUGGUUUGAGAGUCGAGGUGUUUGAGAUGAAUCCUACUACAAGCGCUGAGACGCCUGAAUUGUGCACAACGUUAAGUGGCGGGGUGGCCCUUGGUCAGUCAAUCGGACUCGCAUGUUCUCCUUUGACCACUGGACGCUACCUCCGAAUCAGCAAGCCCUCUGCCACCGCCCCGCUCACACUUUGCGAGGUCGUUGUUUCCGGUGGCAACUUUUACCACCCUAAUAUUCCACCAACAACCAACGUCGCCCUGAAUCGCCCAGUGCGCGCUACCUCGCAGUUUAAUUUCGAGGCCGCCAACCUGAUUGCCUCCCCUGGCCUAGCUGUUGACGGCAACUUUGACAACCAGUUCGUCACCGGAAGAAGCUGUUACUCCAGCGCCACUGGUGACUUAAAUCCCACCUUAUACAUCGACCUCGGCGCCUACUACUACAUCAACUCCGUCAUUAUCACCAACAGGGGCGACUGCUGUGCCGAACGCCUGCGCAACAUCAACGUCAGUACACUUCUGAAAGACCCCUUCCGGUACCUGGAGUACCCUAAACUGUGCGGCACCAUCACUGGCAACGUCGCCGCAGGAGCUGACACAACCGUCAACUGCAACCAGCCUACUGUAGCCCGCUACAUCCAGAUCCGGAAAACCAGUAUGGUUGACAGCAAUGAUCUCUUGACCCUCUGUGAAGUUCAAGUAACCGGGAGGUUCGCAUCCCACAGCGAGGUCACCAACAAAUCUGUUGACAACGACGUUGCUCUGGCUCUGGUAGCCAAUGGCAUUUCUGUGAACAAAGGAAACGUUGCCAUGCUGCCCUCACCUGUUCAAAUCACUUCCGAGAGGGGUUCUGGCAAAUAAGGAGGCCUGAUCAACGUGUCCGUUGACUAAAUCAAAGAUAUUUCUUUAAAAUAUAUUUAUGUCAUUCAGUGAACACAAUUUCGCAGUUUACCUUGUUAUGACUUAUAGACAUGUUUUAUAAAACGCAAGAAAGCGUAUUAUUAUUAAAAAUCAGGCUAUUUUACAGAGUUUUGAAUUCACAGCAUUUAAUAUACCUCGCCAGCGUUUCUCAGUGUGUAUACGAACGUAUAUAUAAGAACGUUUCUUUCUUCUGUUAUCCAGAAAUUAAAACGACUAGUGUGUAUUUCCAUGUUUACUGUUUGCAUAACAUAUAACAUGCUGCUGAAGGGAAUAAAUAUUGAUUAUAAUCA